CGUCGCUCGGAAGAGAUAAAGGCAGCUAGGGGAGAAUAUAAUAUUUAUGGGCCGAACUUUGUUUGGUCUAUUAAUGGCUAUUGCAAGCUACGAUUUUGUAGGAUUGAGAUAUAUGCUAGUAUUAAUGCCUACUUACGGUUCAUACCUUGGAUUUAUAUUGGAAUCUCAAAUAGUUAUGCUAUAAGUAGUAUAGACGAAAUGGAAGUUAUUCCGCUCCAUAUUCGAUCGGAUAGAGGAUGCGAAACACCCAUAGUUACUAAUGCCCAUUAUAUCCUCCAUAAAGCGACGUGCUAA